AUGCACACAGCCAAGACACUCUUCGGGCUUGGGCUCUUUCUCUCAGGGGUUCUAGCUCAGAGCAGUACAGUUGAUGCCGUACCGCCAUGGCAAACAGGCAUCCUCUCAGAGGAUGGCACAUGUGGCAGCGGAACUCCUGGCUGGGUGUGUACACCCGCGUGGGGUGCCUGCUGCUCUAAAGACGGCUUGUGUGGUUACUCAAGCGCUUUCUGCGGCGAUGGCUGCCAAGAAGGUUUCGGCGAAUGCGACUCCACUUCUCCUCCCCCGCCAGGCCCAGGAGAUCCUUCCCCAGACGGCACCUGCGGCGGUACAAAUGGAUUCAACUGCACGGGCACCGCGUACGGCAAUUGCUGUUCGUCCGGAGGUUUCUGCGGCAGUUCGCCGGCUCACUGUGAUACUGGAUGGUAA